GUCAGAUGACUGUCAGUGUCAAAAUUAUCCCAAGGUCUUGGAUUGGAAUGAAUUUCGUCCUGCUAUCUAAAAAAUAUUUACUUUCCGUUUCAUAGAGAUAAUAAAGUGCUAACGAUAACAAAUAAACGGUGGGUCAAUUUGCAUAUUAUGUAAAAUAUAGUGUAUAUGAACGCAAUAACAAUUAUAUUUCAACAUCCGUCGCAUUAAAUUAUCCGAUUGAUGUAAGACGAUGACUACAUUAGUACAAAACGGGGACGACGACUCGUUUAUUAUCUUGGGAACUUCUCCUGGAUCCAGUCUGGACAUGAAGUGCCUUGAGAACGGUAUUGGGAACGGUCUGGAGACCGGCGAGGUCACUUUGGACAAGGACCAGAUGGAGGAGGCUAUGAAGGACCUCUCUGACGAAGCUAAUAUGGCGUUUAAGGCGCAUUUUAAGCUUGGGGAUUGUCCAUCUCCAGCUAGCAUGAUGGUAGCCAGCACCAUCAUAACGGAUGACAGAAGCACAGAAGAGCUCCAGAAGCGAUUCGGGGAAAUUCUAGACGAAAAUGUGAUAUUGAAGGAGACUUUGAAACAGAAUAAUGAGUCUAUGAAGGAACAGUUCCUUCUGAUAGCGUCCUGCCAGGAGGAUAUGAUGAAGACACAUGUUCUUCACAAGGAGAAGUUUGAAGAGACCAAAGGAUUGGUGGAGAAGCUCCGCCAAGAAAACAAAAAGCUGAAAUCAGAAAUAGCAAGAUUAGCUGACACUGAAGCGAAGUCUUUAGUCAGUAGCGAGACUGGUGAGUCAGUGGUGGCGAGCAGUGUGGUGGACCCUGCACCUUCAGGUCCAUCAUCAGCUCUCGAGUUUGUGACGUCACCAGACGAUGAUACCAUCAACAAAUUGACCUCGCAGCUGGAGCUAGUAGAAAAGCAAAGGAGACAGGUGAUUGUAGACAACGAGAAGCUGACUUGGCAGAAAGAGUCUUUAGAACACAUAGUGGAUGCUACGUCCAAAGAGAGAGAUGACCUUAGAGAAAAACUUAAGAAUGCCGAGCUACUCCUAUCAACCAGGGACACAGAGCACGCGGCAGAGGUCAACAACCUCAGGUUUAUGAUACAAGACCUAGAAGCACAGUUGCAGUCUGCCAGUUAUUCAAGUAUAUCAUCAGAGGAGGUAGCCAAACGCGACCAGCUCCUGCACCAGUUAGAAGGCAAGGUCACCACGCUACACGCUGAACUUAAGACUGCACAGCUCAAGAUAUUGGAACUGGAAACAGUUAAGUUGGAGUUCACGAAGCUCAAGUCAGGUGUCUCCGAAGCCAUCAGGAUAUAUAAAGACCAGAUACAGGAUCUACAUAUCCGGCUCAAAGAGGCCGCUACUACUGUGUUCCAACCGGUUCGAUUCUCCAUUAGUUCAGAGUCGGAGAACUCGUCAUCGGAGUUCACGAGUCUGAUGUCGAACGUGAAGCUUUAUGAUAAGACGUUGAAACAUCUAGCCGAGUUACUGAAUGCACUGACGCAUGGAAUGUCAGAUAGUCUAGUCCAAACUCUCGGUUUGAUAUCGAGCCUCCACGACUACAAGCUGGAGAGGGUGACAGCAGAACAGUUCAAAGCCGGUCUCACUGAUAUUAAGCAGCAGAUGGAGAAACAACAUAGCACUGCGCUUAAUAAUAUAGGUCAAGUCAGAGGCACGCUCUCAAUAUUCGAAGGUAUAUUCAAGGACUACAGCGAAGUCCUGAAGAACACAGUAGCCCCGAAGCCCCGCCUAGAGCGCGCCUCUAACGUGGAAGCUCUCACCGCCGCGCUCGUAGCUCGCGGCCACGAGCUCGCGCAGCUACAGGGCGAGCUCGCCAGGCUCAGGGGACAACAGGAUGAUACUGAACUACUUAAAGCUCAGAUGGAUUUGUAUAAGAGUGACUUCGAAGCGGAGAGAGAAUCGCGUCAGAAGAUGGCGAGUGAGAAAGAGAACCUACAGACAGAUAUCAGGACAUUACAGAAACGGAAUCAGGAACUCACGCAACAGUUGGAGGAAGUCCGCAAGAUCAACCCGUCAGUCCAUCGUUCGGCGACGAGUAGUGUCCGCAGCAGUACGAGCCGGGCGGGCGCCGCGCCGCGCGCCCCCGCCCGCCCGGCGCCCGCGCAGCCCGCCGCCACCGGGAACAUGGUGUUCACAUGUCCAAAAUGUAUGAGAUUCUCAUGCGAUCAGUACAAAGUUAUGGAGGACCACUUCGACUUCUGCCUCGACGACUUUUAAUGUUAGUAUUAUGUUUUUAUUUGCUAGACUAGUCUUGACUGUGGGGUACACGUAUAGUUGUCGAUCUACAACCAGUCGCGUUCAGUAUGGAAUCGUUAUUGCUUUAGAAACAUAAUCCUCAAAUUUUGAUAUCCCCAAAUCUUCUAUACCCCAUCAUCACCUCAUCAUCAACGGCCGAAAGACGUCCACUGCUGGACAAAGAGCUCCCCCUUACCCCAUCCCGCAAUCCCCUAUCCUCCAUCUUCCAUGCUCCAAUCCUCAAUCCCCUUCCCCCAUUCCCCAACCCCCAUUCUCUGUCACCAAUCUCCGAAUCCCCCAUUCCUAGGUUCCUAUAUUCUAAACCUUAUUACCCAAGACACUAUAUUCCCAAUCCCCAAUAACCCGUACUUGGUGACAAGUACGCUAGAGGUGUUAGCCUCUAGUGUUCCGAGUGUCCAUGGGCGGCGCUGAUUGCUUACCAUCUGGUGAUCUGCGCGCUCGUGUGCCGACCUAUAUCAUAAAAAAAACAUCUAAGAAGCUUGUGUCAAGGAUUUGUUUCUAGUAUUAAAAUCUAUCGAUAUCCGUGUGGUUGACUAUUGAUGUUAAUUUUUUUUUUUAUAUAAUGAAAAAGGUGAAAUGAAGUUCCUAAAUACUUAAAUUUCUAUGUAAUCUUUCAUCUAUUUUUAUAUGUAAAAGAAUUGUCUAAAAUGAAUGUAUCCGUACAAAGCACUAAAGUCUUCUUCUUUAUAUCUUAUUAUUGUAUAUUUGAUUUCGAAAACCUAUAUAUAGAAUGAAAAAGUCGACAACUGAACGUUUUACCCUGUUAUAGAUAUAAUUAUAAUGCUAUAAGGCCCGUGGCUAUUUCUUACUGUAAUAUAAAACAAUGUUAUAUAAUUAGUAUAAUGUUAAAUAACAUAAACUGAUUAUUUUAAUUUCAAUGAUAUAUUUUUAUAAUUACUACAAUAUUUCACGUCAUCUACUUAUCUUAAUUUUAUCUACAAUUUAAUGAUUUAUGCAAUUGUAAUUAUUUGUCUAUUAUUAUUUAUUAUCUGUUGUAAAAAAUAAUCAAAUUUAUGCGCUGUCAUUGGUUGAUUCAACUUUCAACUACUUAAAGUGACCAAUGGGAGCGUGUGUAGUACCUGAUUGGCCAAGUUUGAUCUAUUAUUUUCGCAAUGAAAAUAUAUAGAUAAAUAUUUAAAUUGAAAUAAUUACUUAAAUAUGGGAUUUUUGUCUAAAAUAGUUUUGCACAAAUCAUUCCUAACUUUAUAAAUUGAUAUAAUAGUGUUAUAUAUGUAUAGUUAAAUAUAUAUUUGUUAUGUAGAAGUGUACAAUGCAUUCCAUACAUUUUAAUGUAUUAUACUAAAAUAUUACAGAGGUGAGACAACACUAUAUGCUAGAAAGAGAAGAAUUUAAAAGUAAAAACAUAUUUUGAAUAUUUCAUUCACUGUCCAUUAACAACGAAGCAAUGUAAUUUGAACCUUAUCUCAGGGGCACUAAAGUAUUUUUUUCAUGUAACUGUUUGCAUUAUUGACAUUAGGUUUACACACAAUAACUGACUAUAGAAAAUACUAGGAUUAUAAGACCAAGUAUUUAUAUUGAUAAUCAGGCCAAACAAAUUAUAAUUCUAUUAAUUUUAACCUCUAUUGCGCUUAAAAUAAUAUUUACAUUAACUGGAAUAGUAGUUACUUUUCGAUGCUAUUGCAAAAACACCUUACGGCUUUAGAAUAGAAGUUAUAAUUGCUUGAAUGAACUUCAGAGUUGUAGUAUUCUUCACUUUAUGUUAAAUGGAAGAUAUUUUACAAUUUCUCUCUCUAUAUUAAACUGCACAAAAUGAAGUCUUCCAAACAAUAGAACCACGAAAGUUAUUUCAAAAAUAUAAAUGUCAUAGACACAUACUUGCUUAAUUAACGGUAAAACAGGGCGAAUAGAAUUCGAGGGUAAAUAUAUACAGAAGAGGGGUGAAUAAAUAUUGGGAAAAUAUUCUAACAUUAUUUUAUUCACCCCAUUCCUGUAUCUAUUCACCCCUCGAAUUCUAUUCACCCCGUUUAAUGGUAUUAUGUUUUAUGGCUUGUCUACUCACGUAAUUACUGAAAGUAGCUGCGCGACAGUCGCUGCGUUGCGGGUCGCGGAAUGCUGCUCAUGGAUAUGGGCCUCUAGCAUGGCUUGAAACUA